UGGUGCUAGUAAAAAAUAUUUUAAAUUUGUAAUACAUUUUACCUAUAGAUAUAGUUGGUUUAGUAAAAUAUUAGUACAUAGUCCAUAGUUCUUGAGUAUUAAUGUUUGUAUAUUGUUUAUUUUGAGAGAUCGACGAUCAAAUCUACUACGUAACAUUUUCUUCAGAACAAAAUGCAUCGCAAUUUACCUCAAAAUAAAGAAGCGUUACUUAAAUCAUAUACAACUCGAUUAAAAGAAGACGUUAAAAGUAUGCUAGAAAACUUUGAAGAAAUCAUAAAGCUAGCUAAAGGUGAUAAUGAAUCUCAGCUUAAUAGAAUGACCCAGAUUGAACAAGAUACAUUUGAAAUGCAAGUCAGAGCUGCCAAUAUAGUUCGAGCUGGAGAGUCCCUAAUGAAACUAGUAUCAGAUAUAAAACAGUAUUUAAUCCUUAAUGAUUUUCCAUCUGUAAAUGAAGCGAUUACACAAAACUCGAAGUUAUUCAGAACUAAACAGCAAGAGUGUGAUCAGAAACUUAUGUCCCUCAAAGAUGACAUAGCAGCUGAUUUGUAUGAUUUGGAAGAUGAAUAUUUUACUAGUAUAUAUAAGUAAACAAUCAGUAAAACAAAAUUAUUUUAUUGUUAA